GAGGCUCCCAGACGCGCUGGAGUUACUUGACAGGAGCCAGGGAAGCCGCGCGGACGCGGAGGAGCGCUCCGUGCCGGGAGGGCAGCUGGUCGACUCCGCGCUGCCUGGAGCGCUGGGGAGAGGACCUCGCGCAGCCCCUCUGCCCGGCUCCCAGCCGCUCUGCGUGUCGCCGCUCCGGGCGCGCGCCCCGCCCUCGCCAUGCUGCUGUCCCGGCUCUGCUGGCUGCCGCUGCUCGCGGGGCUGCUCCCGCCGGCGCCCGCGCAGAAGUUCUCGGCACUCACGUUCCUGCGUGUGGACCAGGACAAAGACAAAGACUGCAGCCUGGACUGCGGGGGCUCCUCCCAGAAGCCCCUCUGUGCGUCCGACGGCAGGACCUUCCUGUCCCGCUGCGAGUUCCAGCGCGCCAAGUGCAAGGACCCCCAGCUGGAGAUCGCGUACCGGGGAAACUGCCGAGACGUGUCCAGGUGUGUGGCCGAGAGGAAGUACACGCAGGAGCAGGCGCGGAAGGAGCUGCAGCAAGUGUUCAUUCCCGAGUGCAACGAGGACGGCACGUACAGCCAGGUCCAGUGCCACAGCUACACGGGCUACUGCUGGUGUGUCACGCCCAACGGGAGGCCCAUCAGCGGCACCGCCGUGGCCCACAAGACGCCCCGCUGCCCGGGUUCCGUCAGUGAGAAGCUGCCCCCCCGGGAAGGCACAGGAAGAACAGAUGAUGCCUCAGCCCCCGCGCUGGACACUCAGCCUCAAGGAGACGAAGAAGACAUCGCCUCGCGCUACCCCACGCUCUGGACCGAGCAGGUGAAGAGCCGGCAGAACAAGACCAACAAGCACGCAGCGUCCUCGUGCGACCAGGAGCAGCAGUCGGCCCUGGAGGAGGCCCGGCAGCCCAAGAACGACAACGUGGUGAUCCCCGAGUGCGCGCACGGCGGCCUCUACAAGCCGGUACAGUGCCACCCGUCCACGGGCUACUGCUGGUGCGUGCUGGUGGACACCGGCCGCCCCAUCCCCGGCACCUCUACCAGGUACAAGCAGCCGAAGUGUGACCACACGGCCAGGGCCCACCCGGCCAAGGCGCGGGACCUCUACCGGGGCCGCCAGCUGCAGGGCUGCCCUGGCGCCAAAAAGAAUGAGUUUCUGACGAGCGUCCUGGACGCGCUGUCCACCGACAUGGUCCACGCCGUCUCCGACCCCUCCUCCGCCGGCAGGGUGUCCGAGCCCGACCCCAGCCACACGCUGGAGGAGAGGGUGGUCCACUGGUACUUCAGGCUCCUGGACAAGAACUCCAGCGGGGACAUCGGCAAGAAGGAGAUCAAGCCCUUCAAGAGGCUCCUCCGGAAGAAGUCGAAGCCCAAGAAGUGCGUGAAGAAGUUCGUGGAGUACUGCGACGUGAGCAGCGACAAGGCCCUGUCCCUGCACGAGCUGAUGGGCUGCCUGGGCGUGGCGCGGGAGGAGGCCCGGGCCGGCGGCGGCGGCGGCAGGAAGCGGCACACCCCCAGAGGAAACGCGGAGAGCACCUCUAACAGACAGCCCAGGAACCAAGGAUGAGCGGCGGGCCGGCCGCGGCACCCCGGACGCGUGGGAGAAUCCCUCACCAAAACACAAUUAAAAAUCGGAAACAAAAACCCAUAGUACUUGCACUUUGUACCUUAAAUGUCAGUUCACGUAGUAGAAGCGAGGUUCUCAAAGAGACUGCUCUGAUCUGUGAAGAGGGCGGGGUUGGCGUCGUGGAUGCACCGCAGGCCACGUGUGGCCCCCUGGACCUCGGACAUCCGUGCUCUCCGGCCCUGCGUGUCCGCGUGGAGGGGGGUGGGUGGGGCCCCCAGGCUCCCGCCCCGUGGCUGCGUGCUGGCGCUCGCGCCCCUGCCGGCCGCUGCACGGAGCCCCACCGCCCUCGCAGCCUCCCUGCGUCCCGGCAGGUCUGCCGCCCGCCCCUGGCCUCCAGCGCAGUGACCACGUGCCCGGGCCACGCGUUCCUGGGACUCAGCCACUCGCUCUGCUGUCCCGAGGUCCCGUUCCCGCCGUGUUCGCAGCCCCAGCAGCUGCCGGCGACCAGGGGCCGGGGACAGUCCCCUGCUUUGCACUCCACGCCUGGGCACCCGCUGACCAGGCAGCAGAACCGGCGCUGGCCCCGCCGCCCGGGCCGCGGGAGGGCCCCGGCAGCCGGAAGAGCACGUGUGUUCAGGCUGUGACUCGGGCCGCCGCCUUUCCUCUCGUGCCCGGCCUCGGCCCCUCGGAGCCCUGGAAGGUGGACCUGUCACCCGGAUGACCCUGGACGGUCUCCUCAGAGAAGGCGCGGCCGGGACGAGCUCUGUCCUGGGGCCCUGCCGUCCCCUCCUCUGCCCUGCGGCCUCCGGGCCGUGAGAACGCCUCACGGGAAGGUCCUCUGGGCCUGGGGACCGGGGACGGGGGCGGCAGGUCAGGAACCGGACGCCCACCGUGUGAGCCACAGAGCCGGCCGGUGGCGGCCAGGGCCCAGUAUCAGCGCCGGCCGGCCGCCAGGGGGAGACCGUGGUGCCACGGCACCGGAGGGGGCGCGGGGAGCCACGUGCAGGGAAGCCCCUCCAGGCCCUCUGCCCCCCACCCGCCCCCGUGCGUGCCGUGUGCCGUGUGCCGCGGCCCCCAACUGUGCAGGGGGACAUGCUGUGCAGCUUCUUAUUUAAACGGCGAAGGACAAGCUGAAAUUUCGAGCCACAGACCAGCCCCAGUGCCCGUCGUCGUUGCUUAGGAAGCAGUUGCGGCCCCAAACCUACUGGGUCGUCUGUGUAUCUCUGAACCUUGAUUAAUCGUUUCUCUGCGAGUGAAAUAAAAUCUGCUAUCGAAACAGUC